AAGCAUAACUCGGACUUAUGUUGGGCUCGAGUAUCAAGUGUUUUCAAUAUGAAAAUACGCAUUAUGUUUCUCUAUAUACCUUAUAAGAGAGCCCUACUUUGGAAUCAACUCAGCUAAAUUACUCUUCUCUCCCAGUCAAAAUGACCAUAGCCGGUAAAGGGCCAACUAUUGUUGCGGUCAUGUGGACAGAGACUGUUAUAGCUCUGAUCGCAAUCGGUCUCAGACUCUACACGAAAGGAUUCAUCACGCGAAACGUGGGCUUUGAUAAUUAUCUUAUCAUAGUCAGCUGGUUUAUGUUGAUGCCAUACACAGUGGCCUGCACGGCAGCUACAACUCAAGGGUUCGGUCAACAUUCUACGGAUCUCACCAUCGAGGCUUUCGCAAAUGCCACUCGAUCGGAGAUUAUUGGUCAAACGUUCUGUAUCAUCGGUAUAGCCACUAGCAAAGCUUCAGCAUCGGUGUUUUUGCUGAGACUUGCCGUUGUCGAAUGGCACAAAUGGAUUCUCUACAUUACCAUGUUUGCGGUCACUGGUAUCGCCGUCAUUUGCGCUCUGUUCGACUUCAUUCGGUGUGAUCCGAUAGCUCAUGUUUGGAACCCAUAUAUUCCUGCCAAGUGUUGGGUCUCCACAGAACAAUUUACUGCCAUCUCAAUCACUGUGGGAGGCACCUCCGCAGCAGCAGAUUUCAUUCUCGCUGCGCUACCAUGGAUCAUACUUUGGAAGUUGAAUAUGAAGAAGAAGGAGAAAGUUCUUAUCACAUCAUCCAUGAGUUUGGGAAUUUUUGCUAUGGUGUGUGGUGUGAUUAGAACAGUGAACCUGAACGGCCUCUCAUCAAGGUCUGAUUAUUCCUAUGAAACCAUAGGUUUAAUAUUAUGGUCAUCUACCGAACUAAUGAUUACGAUUCUCACUGCAACAAUACCCACUUACCGACCACUUUACAAAGUCUUGAGAGGUUCAUUAUCAAGUACGGGUAGGCGUUCCAGUCGAGGAUAUCGACUGGAUAAUCUAGAAGAAGAAGGGAAAAAAGAUUUACCACCCCCUGCCAUAAAAAGACGCCCUAAAAAUGACACAACUUUAAUGGCGACGGCUAUGAGUGUUGAUGAGCGCGAUGAUUACCAUAGUGAGCGAGCUGUGCUGGAACCUGGUAACGGAAGGAAAUACUCGGAUUAGUGUAGCAAUGCAUGCUUAAUAUGUGAAGGUAAAAAAAUACGUACGACAGGAUUAGAACCAAGCGAGGAAACAUUGUCAAGUGUUGGGUAUAAGGAAGAGUCACCACCAUAGUGCGGGUCAGAUUUUGUUUACAUUGCAUGAGCAACACUCAAUUUUUUGACGGCGGAAUCUCAAACUGCUAGUACGUGAGAUUGCCAUCAAGAUUCAUAGAAAAAGUUUGCAAAUAAAUAGAAGGAUAAAGUGGUGCUGAAUAUAACCGAGGCAUCAAGGACUUGGAUAUCGUUCGGACUAACUUAUAAAUAUGAAGCCCCGGCCUGCACGUUGUCUCCUUUUGAGUAACGCAACAUCUUACUGGAGGUUACACAAUGAAAAGGAU